GGAACAGAAAAGAGGGACGAGAGAAACCGAUAGUCUCGUCUACUAUCGUCUCCAUAGCGCCGAACACGCCCCCUGACGGCACUGUUACAAUUAGGUUGAUGCUCGCGUUUCAACGCAUUUAACAUUCAUAUCACGCGGUAUCGUACUGUUCAGUCGGGGCAUACGAUUUUGCCUGAGAAAGAAGCACGUCGACCGUUGUUUGCGAUGUCAGGCGGUAGCAGCGAUGCAGCCCAAGGUACCAGCACUGCAGGCACUCGGCAAGACAGUACGAGCGUUCCCGGAGAGAGCGGGGAAGCACCGAGGCAGGAGCAAGGCAGCCAGGCUCGCAACCCACCAGCCGUGUGUCGUUUGUGCGAUGUGGAUUUUACCUGCGAGGCAGACUUUCAGAAACACAUCGCCGACCACAUGAGAGGGAAAAAUUACCUCUGUCGUGUGUGUGGCGCAUUGUUGAAGGAAAGCGACAACCUGAAGAGUCAUUACCACAGGCACACGGAAGAAAAGCCCGAUCAGUGUGGCGUGUGCGGCCGUAACUUUUCUCGGAAGGGCCACCUCAAGACGCAUAUGCUAUUGCAUAUGGCCGAAAAGCCGUUUAAGUGCCGCCAUUGCGCGGCUGCAUACACCCAGAAGCAAAAACUGGCCAGGCACAUCUCCAAGCACAUUCCAUAAGGCCGUUAUACGUCGCCACCAAUGCGGCAAAUAAUUCUCCGGGGAAGAGAAAAAAAAGUUAGAAUGUCUCAGUGACGAUAUGGUUUGUCGCUUUGCUAUUGCGGAACUUGUGAU